CACGCGGCAAACUACGGCUCCAUCCGCUUAACUGCCUCAAUGACAGACACUCUCCGCCGUGAUUAUCGUCGAGACUCUUCGGUAGAGGGGUUAAGGCGUACGAGUUCUGCAAUUGGAAGCGAUACCUUUCGGAGGAGGAGACGGAGUAGUGCGAGUGUCAUCAGCUUGGCGCAUAGGAAGAGUGUGGAUUUACUUGGGAUUGGAGGUGAGUUGGAGGAGGAGGAUGAGAGUUUUGGGGAUGAGGAGGCAGUGGAUGAUGAGGAAUAUUUGCUCGAGGAUGAUACUGCGAAGCCUGGCGACGGUGAGGAUAGGUAUGGC